AUGGACACCAGUGCCUCCUCUUCAAAGCUUUUUGCACCCCUUACAAUCGGAACCUGCCAGCUUCAACACCGGCUAGUGAUGGCGCCGACUACAAGGUACCGUGCUGAUAGCUCGGCCGUCCCACUGCCUUUUGUCAAAGACUAUUAUGCCCAAAGGGCAUCCAGUCCCGGUACUUUGCUCAUCACUGAAGCAACUGACAUCUCCCCCCAAGCCAUGGGUGAACCUCAUAUACCGGGAAUCUGGAGCCAGAAGCAACGUCAAGCCUGGGCAGAAGUGGUCUCCGAGGUUCAUGCUAGAGGAUGCUCUAUCUUCUGUCAACUAUGGGCGACGGGUCGAGCGGCUGAUCCGGCAUUACUUUCUGCGAACGGUCAUGAGCUAGUCUCCAGCAGUACGGUGUCUCUAGCACCGGACAGCCCCAAUCCUCGUGCGUUGAGUGAGGCGGAAAUUGAGCAGUACAUCUCGGACUUUGUUCAGGCUGCGCAGAACGCUAUUGAGGCUGGGUUUGACGGGGUCGAGCUACAUGGGGCAAACGGGUACCUCAUCGACCAGUUCACUCAGUGGCCUUGCAAUCAGCGAACGGACAAAUGGGGUGGGAGCAUCGAGAAUCGCGCUCGAUUUGCGCUUGAAGUCACCAAAGCAGUCGCCAAAUCAGUGGGAGCCCAUCGGGUGGGAGUCAAGCUCUCUCCCUUCAGCCAGUACUCUGGAAUGGGGGUCAUGAAGGAUCUCAUACCACAAUUCAUGUAUCUUCUCUCCCAACUACGAGACAUCCCCGGGGGUCUGGCCUACCUGCACCUCGCCAACGCCCGAUGGUUGAGUGACGACACACUGCAUCCAGACCCGCACCACGAAGUGUUCGUGCGUGCCUGGGGAAAAUCCCUCCCAGUCAUACUUGCUGGGGGAUACAAUGCCACGUCUGCUCCAGAGGUGGCUGAUGAGGUGUAUGCCGAUCAUGAUAACGUUGCAAUCGCAUUUGGAAGAUACUUUAUAUCUACCCCAGACCUUCCCUUUCGGCUCAAGACAGGAGUUGCUCUCCAGCAAUACGACAGAGCAUCAUUUUAUACGUCUUUGUCGAAAGAUGGUUAUCUGGACUAUCCUUACAGUGUUGAAUACCUGGAACAAAGGCGCCUCCAGCUGGAGAAGUCCACUAAUGCAGGAAAGUGUUAUUCCGGCUGUGGGAAACUAGCUGGCAGCUGCGAACCGCAGUCUACGACUCCAACAUAG